AAAAAAUAAACGCACAUUAGAAAAAACUUUUCCAUUAGCAAUGAGUAUUAUUGAAGCCUAGACACCAGAUUGAGCACUCACAGCUCUCUGCUGCAUACAGUUAAUAAUCAUUAUCAUUCAGGGGGUGUUGCAUUUCCUAACUGACAUCAACACAAUCAGAUUUGCAUGGACUUCCUGAAGUUUCUGAAGUCUUGUGCUUUCCAAGCCUGUUACUCAAGUGCAGCUGGACCUAUAAGCUGAAAUGAGACGUUUACAACAUAUGGAUUGCUUUUCAUUUCAUUAAGAAGUAAGAAGACUUCUUUUGGUUUUCAUAACCCCGGAGCACAAUACUGUCAAAGGUGUCCUGCAGUUACCAAAAUGAUAAACCACUGGGUGCUUCUCUCAGCCUACAUUAUAACCUUCUUAAUCGGCCUACCAGCCAAUAUCCUGGCCAUUUAUGCCUUCAUCAGGAAGCUUCGCAAAAAACCCACACCCACGGAUGUCCUUCUGCUGAACCUGACUCUCUCCGAUCUGCUCUUCUUGCUUUUCUUACCAAUGAAGAUGUAUGAGGCAGCAGCAGGCCUACAGUGGCACCUUUCCCAGACCAUAUGCUCGAUCGUGUCAUUUGUCUUUUUCAGCACCAUCUACACCAGCUCGCUGUUGCUGAUGGCUGUUAGCAUUGACCGCUACUUGGGAGUGGCCUUCCCAGUCACCUACAUGAAGUUUCGCAAGCUUCUCUAUGCCACCAUUGGCAGUAUUUUCAUCUGGCUGUUCAGUGGAGCACACUGCACGAUUGUGUUUUUCGUCGUCCAUAUGGGCAAGGAGAAUAGCACUGAACCCAAGACUACCUGCUACGAGAACUUCACCGAUGACCAGAAAAGCGUUGUACUUCCAGUGCGGCUGGAGUUUUUUGUGGUUCUUUGUUUGGUGCCCCUGAUUAUAUGCGUGUUCUGCUAUCUUAACUGUAUCUGGAUCCUUUACCAUAGGCCCCGCAUAACAAAGGAGAAGAAGCAAAGGGCCAUUGGAAUGGCGUUGGGCACCUUGAGCGUCUUCUUGAUCUGCUUUAUGCCCUACAACAUCUCUCAUCUGGUGGGCUUCAACACCAAAAACAGCCCACCAUGGAGGUACUACACACUGCUCCUAAGCACCUUCAACACCUGCCUGGACCCUAUCAUCUUCUACUUCUCCUCAAGUGUGUAUCGCAACACCACCAAAAUGUCCCUCUUUAGAGUUUUCUCACUUAGGCGCCGUCUAGGCUUGAACACCCAUCCCAAUUUGAGUGUUGAGGGAGAUUCUAACUCUGAUAAAGCCCGGGAAUUUGACCAUCACAAUAGUAACACCAGAAAAUAAAGAGAUCCUACAAUGAUUGCGCUCCUUAAACAUUGAGCUUGAAAUAAAUCUUUUUGACAAAUUCAUCAGCUGACGCAGAUCCCAACAACUAGAACUGACAUUUUUGAUUGAUUUGAUUAAUGAUUUAUACUUUGGUGAAAUAUACACAAUGCUACCACAGACUUAUAGAGAAAAGGGUGUAUUGUGUUUGUCUUUCAGUGGCUUUACAUUUGGUCACACAACUAUGAGCCAAAUGAGACAUCAUUUUGCAUUUAGUCAACUUCUUGAGACCUAUUUUAUGAAUUCUAACCAAGUUUCUGUUAGAUCAGAUAUUUUCAUACUAGAACUGUGUACUUAUUACUUACUGUACUGUCUUGUGUUUGCACACGCUUGCACACGUGCUUUAUGUAGAAUGUUUAGGCCUUUUUUUAGUUCAUGUCAUCACAUGUUUUAUAUUCAAUUGUACUUGUAUAGCGCUUUUAACAAUAGACAAAAAAGCAGCUUUACAGAAAUAUAUAAACACAGGAUAGAGAUUGAAAGCGUGUGAAUUUAUCCCUAUUGAGCGAGACGGUGGUGACGGUGGCGAGGAAAAACUCCCGAAGAUGAUAUGAGGAAGAAACCUUAUGAGAAACCAGACUCAGAAGGGAACCCGUCCUCGUCUGGGUAACAACGGAUCGUGGGAAAGUAAAGGAAAGUUCAUUAUGGUUUUUAUAUGAAGUCUGUAUGUCGGAAUAGUCCACUGUUCACUAAAGGUGACCCGAGGGCAAAACAUGUUGUAAUUGCAGUCCCAGGGCCAAAUAUGGGCCACAAAUUCAUUUUCAAGAGUUAAGAAAAAUGAGGUCAGAGGUCAAAUUUAAUGUCUUGAUUGAUUAUGCUGUUAUAAGUGCUUAACCAUUUUUUUAUUAUUAUUUUUUAUUUUUUUAUUUAUUUUUUUACAUUAUUGAUGGGAUUACAUUUCUGAAAGUAGCCAAUGUACUUUGUCACUGAUGUUCAGGCAAAUAUUUCUUACU